AGCAACAAUUGUAAGUCAAUUUAGCGUUCAUUUUAAUUGAAGUUUGCGCGAUUUAUUUGCAAUUUUGUGAUGGAUAAAUGCAUUAAAUUAAUGUGUACAACGUAACUGCAUUUACUUUUCAUUUAUUGGGUGUUUACUUCUUUGUUAGUUGAAAAACAAGUUUCUAGUUUUCAUUUGAAGACGUUUUGUUUCAAUAUCCAGUCUCUACUCAAUAUCAAGUUCAUCACUUUCUAUUCAGUUAAUUUGUUUAAAAUUGAUUCACUUUUUUUAAUUUGUGUAAAAAAUGUCUGCAAUUAAAAAGAUUGUCAUCUUUGGUGCAAGUGGAAACACUGGACUAGCCACUGUAUCUAAAGCUGUAGAUAAAGGUCUGGAAGUGACUGCUUUUGUCCGUGAUCCAAGCAAGCUUGCUAAUUAUCUUAAGGUUUCCCGAGUUGUUACUGGCGAUGUAACAAAUGCUUCUGAUGUUGAAAAGGCUGUUGAGGGACAAGAUGGAGUUGUUAUUGUUCUAGGAACUCGUAAUGACUUAGGACCCACAACUGUUAUGUCUGAUGGAACAAAGAACAUCAUCGAGGCUAUGCAGAAACAUGGUGUUAAGCGUGUUUCAGCUUGUUUAUCAUCUUUUCUUUUCUGGGAGCCUGAAAAGAUUCCACCCAACAUGAGAAAUGUUCAUGGAGACCAUUUGAAAAUGCUUGAUUAUUUGAAAGCUUCUGGAUUGGAGUGGGUUGUACUCUGCCCACCCCAUAUUGAUAACAACCCAAAUGAUAAUACAUACAAGUUGAAGAAAGAGGAGCGAGUUGGACCAGUUAUAUCCAAACAUGAUUUGGGUGAAGCUUUAGUCAGCGUUUUAUUGACAGACGAAUGGCUUAACUCUAAGGUUGGAAUUGGAUAUUGAUGAUAACCAUUAUUCGUUCAAAAUAGACAUAAAAUAUGUAACCUAUCACUUUUCUCAUUAUGAUGUGAAAACGAAUCUAAUGAAUUGCAUCAACCUUUUGUCCACUAUAAUCUUAAGCUUAAAUUGUCGAAUAUAUCAUUUAAUCAACUAAUAGUAACUUUGAGUUAUUAAAAUAUUCAAGCAACUAA